UGCGGAGACAGAAAAUUUGAGCAAAGUAACGUUAACGACAGCCUGUUUACAAUAUAUUGGUGUUGUACUACAUCUUACAUGUGAUUCUCAAGGCAAGGCGUCAAUACAGAUAUGGAAACUAUUGCUGUUUCCACCGAGAGAGAAGGCAUCACCACGCCUAAACAGACUGGUUCUUCAGAGAAUGCUGAUGAAGAGGCAGCCGAUAUAGAAACAAUCAGUACGUUUCCCGUUAGUCGCGGAUUUAUCAACGCGAUGUACGAGGGUGGUUCGUCCGAACAAGGAGAACGACCGGCAAUUUUUACUAAAGAUGGAGGACCUGACACCGAAUGCAUUGAUCCAGGCGACAAUGACAGCCAAGUGUACCACUCAAUCAACGAAGAUGACAUCGAGAAUCAACAGAAGCCAGAUACGGUCAAACAAAAUGGUGGACAACCAACUGAGAAAGACACCAAACUACCCAGUCAGAGGAAGAGGGAUGACUGCAUGCAUACGAACACGACCUACUCGUCUGGGGUACAAGAUAAAGAGACCAAAUUUGCCUGCUGGAGGACAUCCUUGUACCUGUCAUGCCCAGAGGGAGAGGCUUUAUCAAUCGACCACGCCAACUUCGGACGGACGACCACCUCCAUCUUCUGUCCCUGUACUACGUGCGACACCAACUGUCGCGCAGCCAACAGCCUGGCCGUCAUGAAGGGCGCCUGUGAGGGAUACCAACAGUGCUCCGUGAGCGCAAAUUCUCUUUUUUUCGGUGAUCCCUGCUUUGGGACUCAGAAGUACUUGGAGGCAACAUAUCACUGUGUCAAAGUGAUUCCUGUCACAAAUGACCAGCUGGGAGCACUAGUGCGCAAGCACGCACCAAAAGUGUGGCUGGCGAAAGGCGAGAAGUUCAACCCUUCCAGCAUCGACUUUCAUCUUCGUAACGUCAAGGUGCACGAUGGUGGCAGGGUAUAUUCCAGCACGCCGUCUACCCUGCCCAACUGUACCGAGGCUUGUUACAUGAGCACCGCCCAACCCCUGCCGCAUCCCGACUCCACGCUGCCUUUCUUCAGUGGAGAACAGAUCGGACCCACCAGGCAACCUCCCGUUUACGCUGUUAUAAAGAGGGUCAACUCGAUCACUACAGACAUCUUCUACUGGAUGUUCUUCCCGUACAACUUGGGGAAGAAAGUCUGCGUCGGAUUCAGGAUAAAGGUUUUUAAUGCUUGCGCCGGAAAAUACAAGACUUUCGGGCAUCGCGUGGGUGACUGGGAACACAUGACUAUUCGUCUGGUGGGAAAAUAUCCAAGCAGCAUCUAUGUUCAUUCUCCACACAAAUCUGCAGGUAUAUACACCUGGGAGGGCGCAUCGCAGACAUACAGGAAGGAUGACGAUAUUGUACUGACUGAGGGGACACAUCCCAUUCUGUAUUCAGCUUACGGCGGUCACAAGCUGUGGCCAUGCUCUGGCACCCACAAACACAUGACAAUCCUGAGGGACAAACAGCAGGACGAGACCAAUAAGGGGACGGCAUGGGACACGUGGAAGAACGUAACCUCCACCAUGUACCGGCCAGACGGAGGUUACACCGGGUCCUGGACAUGGAUGAACUUCAAGGGACGCUGGGGUAACAAAGAGGCUGGAUGUGAUACAAUCAAGAACCUCGGCAGUCAGUGCACACUGAACAAUGGGAUAAGCAUUAUGACAAGCAUGAAGGAAAUGAAAACUGACGAGCUGGAUUAACCCUUGUCCUGUUGGCAUUCCUGGCACAAUAUUUUCAAUAAUUUCAUGUCUUAAUUAGAUCAUAGCCCCCAAAUGUUUUUACCCUACAGUGGCAUAGUUACUUCCGCAUUUGUUGCGUUUCGCUGCGGUGUGAUGCGUUGCACGAGAAAUACUUACCCCCAAAUAGUGCCUAUACAGAGUGCUCUAUAGAUGGUACUGUAUGUGCAGAACAACAAUUGUUGUGCUCCGCAAAUAUACAUAUAUUGAAUGAUACGAUGAAUAGUGGUAUAUCUUGCUCUUGCCAUUUAACCUUUAGAAUGUAGGGAGGUCGAGAUCAGUUACUCCUAGUGCUAACACUAGUGCUACACCUAACAAGACUGUACGCAAAUGCUAAUUUUACAAAACCGUUAUGAGCAAAUACCAUGUACAUAGAAACAGAAAAGUAUACUUAAGAGAAUGUUAAAACUGAUGGCAUUUAUUUCUAAUUGAGAGUUGUCUUGUGAAUACUUAAUAACCAUAACUUAUACAGUUUGCAUCAUAUUUUUAGUUUGGCCACAACUCUGUUGACAUAACGGAAAUCGAUAAAUGGACAUCGCAGAAGAUUUGAAGAGAGGAAAUUGGCUAAUUUACAAAGCAAGUUCAUACGUUCAGGUCAUAAUAUAUUUCGUCUGUGUUUAGAGCCUUUUAAGUAAACAUAAAUCGUAUUUUGAAUCUUUGCAGUAUUAUCUGCUCUGUGUAUUUUAUGUAUUAAGUGUUUUAUCGAUGUUAAUGUUGACACAUUACAGGCUUAAAUUUUUAUUACUAUGUCAAUGCCAAUCUCAAGAAAGCUGAAUCAUAUCUGUAUUAUUAUUACCACCAGCAACUUAUUUUAUGAUGAAAAUAUAGUUUAUUACUGCAAAAGGUCCAAGGGUUAGGUGUAACAUGUCGUUCGGUGUAAUGUAGCCAACUGUCGAAGCCAGCUGUCAGAGGUUAAGAACCCUAAACCAAAAGCAAUAUCCCGUGACCAGCACGUCCCGGAAAGGAAGAUUAUGAUUGAACGUAGGUGCAUCACACUGCAUAUAAAAUCUGUUGAGGUACCUUACUGCAAAUCAGCAUGAAAUGGAUGGAUUAAAUAUAUGUGUACGUGUCACCAAGGCUACGACAGAAAAUGGAUUAAACUGCAUCAACUUGUAUGCUUCUAAAUAUUCCAAGGUAUUCAUAACCGUUGUAAUCGUGAUGUACUUUAAAAAUAAAUUAGUGUUUUAGA